AGGUAUGGUAUACGCCAUCGGCAACAGUCCACUCGACAGUCAGCGCGAGUCCUAUGUCUAUAUGUUGAAAGUGAUGGGAACCGGACGUGAGCUCAUCCCACUUAAUCAAACGGUUAGAAAGUUCUUCCGAUGCCAACAGUUUAAUCCAUCGACAGACAUACCGUCGAUGACCGCGAGAAAUGUAAGUACUUUGAAAACUGACGAAAGGCCUACGAGUUCUGUACAAACCGGUGAAUUGAAUUCAGAGAUCAGUCGUCCCGUCAUUUCCACAGCAAAUAUAGUGAUGUCACCAACAGUUGGUCUCCCAUUUUGCGACAUCAAAUCGUAUGACAGUGUCUUCAAUAUCGGACACUUGAUUCACUUCAUGAGAUGCGGACAGAUCUACACCUAUGAUCCGCGAAUGAAUGGCGGAAUCGGAGGCUUUCUUCGGGACUGGACUCUCUUCGCUUACGGCCGCCACUGGUUUGGAGAGAAUAUAAUCAAAGCGAAGGGCAGAUACGACGACGAAUACCUCCGCUUCAACGGCUUCUCUUUCCAAGAGAUCAAUUGCAUCACAUCUGCCGAAGACUUUAACCGGACGUGCUAUCGAUCGGCUCAGGGCUGGGAUCGGUUGACCGUC